UUUACGCUGUUUCCAUGGCAUGCACACUCGUGUUGGGUGCGGGAGAGGAAACACCAAAACCAGAGCACAUUCCCUGCUCGCAGAAGAAGUUACGAUCUGAUGGGGCAGCCGUUCACCAAAUACACUAAACGGCUGGUGUGUGCGAGAGGCUGAGGCUACGGUCGGUCGUGACCGAGACAGCAGGGCCCUGCCCUCAAGGAGCGUAAAUGCUGGCGGGGGAGGCGGACAACAAGUGUAUUUUUUUGAUGGGCUUUGGGUGUUGUUAAGGGCAGCGAAGAGUGAAGUGGAGGAGUGCCACGGAGCGUGACGGUGGUGGAGGGGGCGAGCUGGGGAAGCCCUCCGGGGCAUUUGUAUCAGCAGCAGGCAGACGCGCUUCGGGGGUGUUGCGCGCCGGUGGGGAGCUUGAAGGCCCGGGGCAGGGCCGGGCCUCGUGGAGCCCAGCGGCGCCUGAGGCUUCACUCUGUAACAGCGAAGGCGCCCGUGACGUGGUCUAACCUCGGGAGCAGCGAGCCCGCCGCCCUGAGGGGGUUGGCUGGGGCGGGCGGCCUGCGUGGGAGAGGGGCGCCUGGGGGCUGUGAGGGUCGGUGCGGCCCAGCACACGUUUGGGAGGGAGAGCUCAGGAGAGUUACCGGUGGCCUGUGUGCGGGUUGUGAGCAAGAGGAGAAAGCACGAUGGCAGCGUUUGUGGCGGAGGCGCUGAACGGCCGGGGUUGCCUUUCUCUGAGGUGGUCGCGUCCGGUCAGCCAGUGCUGCCACGCUAGGGCCCCGGGAAAGCAGCGAGCAGACCGUGUGCUGUGCGUCAGGAGGGCCGCGAGCAGCAGGGCUAAGCGACAGACGUGCGUUCGGAGCCCAGGCGAGAGGUGGGGAGGAGAGAUCCGAGGAGGGAGACGGAAGUUAGACAUCUCGGGAGAAGUAUAUAACUCGGAAAGUGUGGCAGGCCCGCGUGUGGAAUGGCCAUCUGAGAUGCGGCGCACGCCCAGCUGUAUGAACGGAACAGAGUGGGGUUGUUCCAGGCAGAUGUCACAGAGUGAAAAAGGAACAAGGGACCAGGGUAUUUGCAGGGGCGUGGUGAUCGCGUCGAACCACCAACUCUGCCCCAGCCGAGAAGGGAAACUAGGACUCGCCUGGGGUGGCUGGUGAAAAGGCAGGGUCAGCAGACGAGGUCAGACAGCCAGCUACAGGACAGGUGCGGAGAGAAGGUGCUGGUGUCGGGGGCCACUCACACACUCGGACGGACGGGGAGCCGCUCCUGGUAAUGAGCGCAGGGGUCGCGGUGGGGGAGCACAGGCUUCCAGAGUCGAGACGUGCUGGGGGAAAGCAGGUGGAGCUGGGGUAGCCAGUUAGAGGCCGGGUCUUGGGUGGCUCCUCCACAGGUGUUAAAGGUGCGGGAAUUAGGUGCAGGCGUGGUGGGACCUCCAGGUGCUGCCCGAGAAGACGACAGAAAGAACUCUUGGUGGGGAGACCUGACCUUUGGAGGAGGGAAGGAGGUUUGGAUCCGUCAGUAACCCAGGAAGGUAAGUGGACGUAGCCACCCCUACCCCGGCUCCCAUGCCAGGGAGCUACAGCCGGUCUGGCACUGGGGGACUGAGUGAUCCAGGGGCUGAGAGAGGAACGGCUCUCGUUGCGGAGAACACUGUAGAGGAGUUAGCUUCCAAGGGAACGUGACGAGGCUGCCUUUGAGUGUUUUGUCGCCUUUUUCUCACUCGUCUUAAUGUUGGGCCGAACUAAGAGCAUGUUUAUUUCGCACGUUCAUAAAUAUGUUCCAGUCUGAGGGCAGUUGACUGCAGACAUUCUGCACCUGUUGAGAAGACAAUUUCUCACCUCUGCUUAGCAUCACAGAAAUGCAUUUUAUGUUCUAUCAAGUGGGCAAGCAUCUUCAGUAGUUUAUGAUCUUUCAUAAAAUGAAAAGUGUUGGAAAGUAAAUACCUUCGUUUCCAAGUAACAGGGGAGGAGAGAGAAGUUGCCAUGUUAUCAGACAAUGGAAGAUAUUUUGUUGAAUAAUAUAUAGAAUGAGCGGUGUGGCGCUGUAUUGCCUUACCUUUCAAAGGAUGAAACUGCUGUCUCCUAAAGGAUUCCCACACUUCUACCACAUUUAAAAAAAAACAGUAUGUGUUCGUGUACUGAUAUGUUUAUUCCCAUUUUACCAGAAAGAACACAAUUUCUCUACUAAUCAGAAAAAAAGUUUUGUAACCUCAAAACAAACGUUUACUCACCAAGCUGUAAAUAGCUUAAAUGGCUUAAAUUGGAGAUUUCUGUGGGAUUUUGAGCAGUCAAUAGGACAAUCCCUAAACUCUUCAGUUAUAGAAUAUUCAAGGCAUACAAGUGUUGUUUUUCUACACAGCAUAACUGAAAUGUAGUUUAACCAGUGAGUUACAAGGCAGUCAAAUACCAAAGCUGGAAAGCAUUUAGAGAACAAUCAAUUAUGUAUUUUCUAUACCUUCGAAAACCUUUCAGCUGUUAUCAAUCAUUUGUUUUCAUUGGCCAAGUAUGACUGCCGUAAAAUGAGCGUAUUCACUAGCCCACCACCUAAAAAGCAUUAAGCAUUCAUUUACAGAAUGAACGAACGAGCACGUUUGCUUUGGUUCUUGAAAUAGAAUUCCCUCGUGUUAAGUGUAUUUUCUUUAUUUACAAAGUAUUAGGCUUAUUUUACAUGACUGCGCGCGCUUACAGUCCCGGCAUCACGAAGCAGGAGUUCCCGACCCUGUAGCGCCCAAGGAUGCCCAGUUCCGGCCAUAAAAGUGCAAGCUGGGUAGAAUGUUUGGUGCUUGGAUUUCGGAGGUGCUAGUGGGGCAGAUAAGGACCGCUUCCUGGUGUCUGGGGGAAGGAGAAGCGCCCCCGCCCCCCGUUCGGAACGCUCUCCAUCUCCAGUCCCUCAGAGGAAGUCGUGGCGAAGAAGCUGCUUCCAGGCCCCGCGCGCGCCUCUUCAGGUGCCCGUCCCGCUCCCGCGGCGCCUUCGUCCGGGAGGCUCUUCGCGGCGGCCGGACCCGGCCGACUUCCCUUCCAGCCGAGGCGCCUCCUUCCGCUCAGCGCCGCGCGGCUCCGUUCGGGACGUGUCCGCGCCUCCGCGACCACCGGAGCCACUUCGGGGCGAUGCUGGGGCCGCCGGUCUGGGCGCUGGUGGCCGGCGUCCUGCUGGCGCUGUCGCCGGGCCGGGCGGAGGGCGCCCCGAGGGCGGGCCGGCGGCCGGCGCGGGCGCGGGGCUGCGCGGACCGGCCCGAGGAGCUUCUGGAGCAGCUGUACGGGCGACUGGCGGCCGGCGUGCUCGGCGCCUUCCACCACACGCUGCAGCUGGGCCCGCGCGAGCAGGCGCGCAACGCCAGCUGCCCGGCCGGGGGCAGGCCCGCCGACCGCCGCUUCCGGCCGCCCACCAACCUGCGCAGCGUGUCUCCCUGGGCCUACAGGAUCUCCUACGACCCCGGCCGCUUCCCCAGGUACCUGCCCGAGGCCUACUGCCUGUGCCGGGGCUGCCUGACCGGGCCGCGCGGGGAGGAGGAUGUGCGGCUGCGCAGCGCCCCAGUGCUCGUGCCCGCGGUGGUCCUGCGCCGGACCCCGGCCUGCGCGGGCGGCCGCGCCGUCUAUACCGAGGAGUACGUCACCAUCCCCGUGGGCUGCACCUGCGUGCCCGGGCCAGACAAGGAUGCAGACGGCGCCAACUCCAGCCUGGACAAGCCGGCCCGGCCCUGAGCACCCAUCCCCAAUCCGGGGACCCCGAGGCCCCGAGGAAACUCGGACGGAGCACCCAGCGCUGGACUGGACUGGACUGCGUGUGAGCCUGACCUCCUGCAUCCCCCAGGCUUCCUCUUGGGCAGGAGCGCAGGGCAGUGAAAGGUGGCGGGAACCAACCACGUCGCAGCCCUGUGUGGGCGGCCCAAGGCUGGGGCCACCACAGGUGACCCGCUUCGCCAGAGUUCGUUGAGGCUCCCGGCCACCGGCCCCUUGCAACCACGGGUGAUAGCACUGCAAGGACUGCUGGGAGGGCACAGAGCCUCGAGGACAACACUUACCACCUUUUUUUAAAAAAGUAGAAUAUAUACCUUCUUGUUUAUUCAGGUAUUUUCAGUAGGGGCAGAAACUUUUUAUGUUAGCCAUUUUGAGCAAGUAUAUUAAAAACAUUUUACUUGACAUGUAAACAUUUUAUAAACAUUGUUUUCACUUCCUCGGCAGGAGUUUUUAGAAGCACACCCUCUAGCCCGCCUUGUGGCCUGGGUCCCUGAACCCCGCCUGUUGCCGACGGUCACCAGUGGACAUGGCUGCCUAGGACCUGCCCUCCCUCUGGGAGGCUCAGCUCACCCCAGAAUCUCACACUUACAAGGUUUAUACAAUUAGAAAUUUUUUUCACUUGCAGACUUACGAUUCCCAGAAAUCAGGAGUGGAGUCCUCUUCUACGACCGCAACGUGAGCUAAACCUUUACCCUUUUCUUUAGGCUUAAAAGAAGUUCUUUAAAAUCCUUAAAACAAUUGUAGGUGAAGGGCAUGCUGGCUGUGCAUUUCUCUCUGGGCUCCACUAAGGGCUCCACUAAUUUUCAGAGGAAACAGUGGUAAUUAAGGUCUAUCACUGUAUCUUAAUUUUAUGGUUAACGUUCAAGGACGAUGAUCUGCAGAGUCGGCCUCGUUUAUAUGCUCUUGUCCCUACUUACAAUCAGUCUUGGUUUGAUCUGGACAGAAGGUCAACCGAGAGAACUUUCAAUCUGUACCAAAUAUUGACAGAGGUUGUGCAUGAAAAACACUGCUGAGCAAAAUUCCAAAUAAAAAAUUCAAAAUUGAAAUUGAUAGCUGUGGGUAGUUCUAUACCAUUUGGGGAACUUUACUUCUGUGCUCAACCUCUGGGGGAAAAAAAAAGGUAAGCCUAGUGGUGGUAUAUCUAGCAUACGUCAACAAAGAAAUCCACAAAUUAAAAAGAAAAACUGCCUUUCAAACCUUGGGUAAUUAUUUCAAGCAUUGCCACUGUGGUGUAACAUUGUCUAGCCACUCCUCAAAUGUGAACAGUGCAGACAUCAGAGGAGCGGACUGAAGCAGAGUAAACGGCUUGCAUGGGGAUAAUACUGCUAUUCCAUGAACUGUAUUAAGCAUCAGUUUAACUAACGUUAGCUGUUAACAGGUAACGCAAUUCCAAUGGAAGAAUCAGCUUUCCCUUCCAAGAUCUAGAAAGGCAACCUGUAUUUGCAUUUUUUCUCUGACUGGAACACUCAACAAAUACUUACUGAGCAUGUGCCCUCUUCUGGGCACUGAGCUCCUGGAAGGCAAUUGCGAACUGGACACAACCCUCGUCCUCAGCUAAAACUCCAAACCGCAUGGCUGUCAAAGCACACGCAGGUGUCCGCAGCCACCCGUAGUACACAGGAUGCGCCCAAGGCAGAGGCCAAGGUCCUGGCCAAUCACUAAGCCGCCUGUACUUCUGCUCUUUACCUGCGUUAAGUGGAGAGUAGACUAGAUGGCUUCUAUGGCUUCUCCAAAUAUAAUUCCACUGACUCAAGUUGGCACAAGCAUCCCAAGCUCUAGGGACGCCCUCACUAAGGAAAUCACAACAAGAUGUUGUCUUCUUCAUCUUGAAAGUUAGGCCGGGGGAGCCCCAGUUUGUGAGGGCGGAGGGGAGGCCGUAGCUUUUCAAUCUACUAAGAAAAUAAAAAGAGGGAAAUGUCACAUGGGUCCUUUACUACAUUGUAUUACCAGCUGCGUUCACAGUUCACGGUCCAGCCCAGAAUCAUAAUUCACGUAACAGCGAAAUUCAUUUCCCAAGGUUCGAGUGUGUUUUGGAAUAAACUUGCACAUCUUCACUCCAAGAAGUUUUGCUGCCUCUUCCUCCAUGACGGCACCUGAAGAGAACAACCAGAUGAACCCGGAGACUGAGGCACCAACCAUGUCUCAGCUCCACACCCACCAGGCCGGCCAGGGAGGUAUUCUCGACCAGAUGCGGGAAGCGGUGAGUUGACGGUACCACUCAGCGAUAAGGGGGCAGGUCAGUGCUCUAUAUUCCUUUUUUACUUCCUCCAACAUUUAUGCAUAUUACCUAUGUUUUCCCUUUUCUUUUUCAUUUAAUAAUUUUCCUACAUCUGCAAGGCUGAGAUAAUAAUUAUAUUCCACAAAGUAACAUAAGGAAAGCAAAAAUAAUUACUAAAAACCACCAUUUUCCAACUUCGAGUCAACAACCCCUUUUUCAAUAGGAGCAAAUCGUGCAAACUUGUACCAAUACAUUCACACCAGCCCAUUCCUCCCUCCAGCCCUGUCCUCCGCACCCACUGCACUGGGGGAAGCAGGGCCCACACAGCAGGCCUGGAUGCCAAGCUGCCCGGAAGUAGGGAGACCAGCACUUAACGUUUUCGUUCUCAGUCAAAUGCCAGUAUAUCCACCUUAAGAAAAUAUAUCCACAUCACCAGUGCGGAAGUCUCUUUCUCAGCUUUGGUAAACCUAAUCUAAUGUCUAGCGCUGUAACCUUUGGCAUCCACUUUAACCCCCGAGAUUCCUUAUCAAUUGUACGGGCUGAGUGAGAUACUGUUACUGUUGCUGCCGUUGAUGAGUACAAGUAACACUCCUGGUGCACUCACCCAGUGGCGAACCCCGAUUCCCAGGCAUCAUGCCACUUAAUUCUCCCCAACCCUGAGAGGCAGGCAGCAUCUCAGCCCCACUGUACAGAUAAGGCGACUGGGGCACAGAGAGGGGAAGAACCUUGUUUAUUAAAGUCAUGGGAUGUGUGUUGCCAAUCUGGCACCUACCUGUGCACAGCAGAAUCUUGCCCCGGGUCAGGUACUUGAUGGUUUCCGACGUUUUUCUGAGACAUUCCUCAGAGAGAUAAGGGGGAUCUGCUAUUACAAUGUCAAAACUGUGUGCAGCAAUUUUCUCAGGUAAAUCCACUGGGUUAUUGUAAUCAUAGAAGAUAAACUCCUCUCCGUAUAUGGCAAACCUGUGGUCAUAUUCGAAGAUGCAGAUAGAAAAGUCGUCUCUGUGCAGCUCUCGCAGCUUCUGGUAAACGCUGGGGGCACUCACACAUGCUACUCUGGAACAGAAGGAGCCAACUCGUGACUGAGCUUUGUGACAGCACAUGGCGUCAAUAACCUCUUCACUGAAAAGCCACAGUCCCCGUGUCCAGAUUUUCUUAAAGGAAACAAUAAUGCAAACUGAAGUAAUAACAGCGGUACAUUUUGAAAGAAGACUUUCUACUGCCUCACUUUUAAGGAAUCUACUGUUUACAAAUCUACAACUCAUAAUUUUAAAGUAUGAAAGGAGAAAUGUGCUUUUCAUGGUAAAAAAAAAAUGUAAAACAUUAUUAGGACAAGGGUUAUGAAGCCCAUGGCCUGAAUUUACUUAGUAUUUUCAUGGUGGUCUCUUAACAUUUAUUUCAAAUACUUUUUAGCCUCAAACUAAAUAUUUUGAAGUUACUUUGUAAUAUAGUCUUGAAGAAAAAACUCCAAAUAACUUCCUAAACAACUUUAGUUUUCCAAAAAAGUACAUUAAAACUAGGUCUCAGUGCAGACAGACUACUUCGAAUUUCUGCUGCUGUUUUGUAUAAUUAAAGAAUCUGUCUCAUUACAAGCAUCUCCAGUUUAUGAAUGGGUAGUGUUCCAGUAGUUAACUUUUAAAGCCAACUGCCAAAAAUGCUAGAAGUACCUUAAAUGUUGAAUUACUCAGUUGACUGUGGUACGUCUAUUACAGUGGAAUACCAUGUUGUCAUUACUCU